UUGCAUUAUAUAUAUAAGAUCCUGGGAGCAAAUUAUCAACCCCAGAAAGUAUAAUCCCGCAUUGAAACAUUCUUUGCAUUUCUUUAUCUCUCUCUUAUCAUUUCUAUUCUUCUGACCGCUUAAUGCUAUUUUAAUGGAGUCUUUCAGUUCAUUCUUAUUCUUCUACUUCUGUUUUUUCUUCGUUUCUGCUUCUUUCUUCUGUCCUGCGCCGCCAUUGUCACUAGCAACAAUCUCAGUCGAUGCAACUGUUUCUACGACUAACUCAACGAGGCACCACCAUAAGUGGAUUGGACCCAUCGGUCACCGGCUGAUUACGGUCGACGUUAACGGUUCAGGUCAUUUCCGGUCAGUCCAAGAUGCCGUGGAUGCAGUCUCAGAGAAUAAUAGAAAGAAUGUUCUAAUUCAAAUCAGCCCUGGAUAUUACAUAGAGAAGGUGGUGGUGCCGGCGACAAAGCCAUACAUCACGUUUCAGGGCGCAGGGAGAGACGUGACCUUCAUCGAGUGGCAUGAUCGAGCGUGUGAUCGUGGGGCAAACGGCCAACAGUUGCGUACUUAUCAAACUGCUUCUGUCACUGUAUAUGCUAAUUAUUUCUCUGCUAGAAAUAUCAGCUUCAAGAAUACAGCACCGGCACCCAUGCCAGGAAUGCAAGGAUGGCAAGCUGUGGCGUUUCGCAUAUCGGGCGACAAGGCCUAUUUCUCUGGCUGUGGAUUCUAUGGUGCACAAGACACUCUUUGUGAUGAUGCUGGUCGCCAUUACUUCAAGGAAUGUUACAUAGAGGGCUCAAUUGACUUCAUCUUUGGAAAUGGCCGGUCCAUGUACAAAGAUUGUGAACUGCACUCAAUAGCCACAAGAUUCGGAUCCAUUGCGGCCCACGACAGAAGCUUACCGGAUGAGAAGACGGGCUUUGCUUUUGUGAGAUGCAAGGUGACAGGUACUGGCCCUCUUUAUGUGGGUCGAGCCAUGGGGCAAUACUCGAGGAUUGUCUAUGCGUUCACUUUCGACGAUCUGGUCGCUCACGGUGGCUGGGACGACUGGGACCAUGUCAGCAACAAAAAUAAGACUGUGUUCUUUGGGGUUUACCAAUGCUGGGGUCCAGGAGCUGCAGCCGUUCGUGGAGUAUCAUGGGCAAGGGAACUAGAUUUCGAUGCGGCCCAUCCAUUUCUGGUCAAAAGUUUUGUCAAUGGGAGACACUGGAUUGCGCCGUGGGACGCUUAGGCUUAGCCGGAGAGCCCGAGACAACAUUCCUCUAUUGCUUUUCUUUUGCAAAAUUCUUUCAUUCAAUUCAAUGUUAAAUUUUUAAUAA